UUUCCGAUUUUCUUCGAAAGCAUAUGAGGCAUUGUUUUUGCGUAGAAUCAUCGAUCGAAGAUUGGCCAAAGCUGCGGACUUUAGCCGGUCUAUGAGAUCUCUUAAAAGCCAGUAUUUCCAAACGAAGACUAGCCUUCAGGAAAUUGGACCGACGGUGUAACACUUAAAGGAUUUUGGGUCGUCACGACUGUGAGACUUCACCAUGUCCAUAGAACACAGAAGCGGUGUAUAAUCGAGUGAGAAUAUGCGGUAGUCUGUACGCCCAACUACAUCACUUGCUAAUUGCUGGAAGCGAGGACAAUAGAACUAAUCAUGGCAGCAGCGAGCGAAGCACCAGCCGAAGAAAGACUAAAACAAUUAGAGAAUGUAUUCUCUUACGGUGGAAAAGAGAAAGGGUCUUUUAGCACUGAGACCUUACUAGACAUUUUACUGUUGUUGUACGACGAGUGUUGUAAUUCUACCCUUCGUAGAGACAAAAAUAUCAGUGAAUUUAUUGAGAAUGUGAAGCCGAUAGCGACGAAGAUUAAAACUCUUCGUUUGCGCCGAGAAGAUUUCGAUCCCCUUACCUUGAUUGGUAAAGGAGCAUUUGGAGAAGUGACUGUGGUUCGCAUGAAAUCCAAUGACAGAAUAUACGCUAUGAAGACUUUAAACAAAUGGGAAAUGUUGAAAAGAGCCGAGACUGCAUGCUUUAAAGAGGAAAGAGAUGUCCUUGUGUAUGGAGACAAGAAAUGGAUAACUACUCUGCAUUAUGCAUUUCAAGAUGCUGAUUAUUUGUAUUUUGUCAUGGACUACUACAGUGGAGGUGAUCUUCUAACUCUCCUCAGUAAAUAUGAAGAUCAUUUGCCAGAAGAAAUGGCCAAGUUUUACCUGGCUGAAGUGGUGUUGGCUGUGAAUUCAAUACACAAAAUGGACUAUGUGCACAGGGAUCUCAAGCCUGAUAAUCUUCUUCUUGAUGUUAGUGGACAUAUCAGGUUGGCUGACUUUGGUUCCUGUUCAAAGCUUGGAAAGAAGGGCACUGUGAGAUCAGCUGUUGCUGUGGGUACCCCUGACUAUAUCUCGCCUGAAAUCCUACAGGCCAUGGAAGAUGGGAGAGGAGAAUAUGGAGUUGAGUGUGACUGGUGGUCCUUGGGUGUGUGUAUGUAUGAAAUGCUUUUUGGUGAAACUCCAUUUUACGCAGAAUCUUUGGUGGAAACCUACAGCAAAAUUAUGAGCCACACUGGCAAAUUCAAUUUUCCUUCUGAUGUGGAAGUGUCAAAUAAUGCCAGAGAUUUAAUGCAGAGACUGUGCUGUAAAAUGGAACAAAGAUUAGGUCAAAAUGGAAUUGAUGAUUUUCAAAAUCACCCUUUCUUUGAGGGAAUUGACUGGGACAACAUUGGUGACACUGUACCGCCUUACAUCCCUGAUGUUAGCAGUCCAUCAGAUACUUCAAACUUUGAUGUAGACAUUGAUGAAUCAAGAGCAAAUGAUGCUAUGAGGCCAUCAUCUGUUUCCCCUUUUACUGGACAUCAUUUGCCGUUCAUUGGAUUUUCAUUUACAGAUAAUAGUCGACUCUCUGAUAAAGCUCAUUCUGUGAUAAAGGAAGCUGGGCAUGUCACUCUGGAACCAGUCUCGAAUAAUGUUCCUAGCUCACUAUCUGUCGAAGCUUAUGAAAGAAGAAUACAGAGGCUUGAGAGGGAGAAAUCGGAACUGGCCAGAAAGCUUCAAGAAUCCACUAAAGCAUUGCAAGAUCAAGCACUGUCUGGUGAUGGUUCCAAAAGUGACCAAAUAGACACCAUGGAAAUGAAGAGACUUAAAGACGAAAUGACAUCAAUGAAGAAGAAAGCCAUGGUUGCCAUGGCAGAGUUUAGUGAAUUGAAUGACAAGCUGGCAGACAUAAGAUCACAGAAGACUAAGGUGUCGAGGAUGCUGCGUGAAAAAGAGGAAGAACUGGAGUCCACCUUACAAAAGCUUGAUGGUCUCAGACAGGAAGUUCGCAAUGCUGAUAGAAAAAAGAGAGAACUUGCUGCUCAAGUGGAGGAAAUGUCCUCAGAAGCUAACAAGGAAAGAAAACUAAGAGCAAGGAGUGAUCAGAAUGCCAAGCAACUUGAGGAGGAAAUAGAAUACCUUAAGAUGACAGAAACUUUGAAACGUACUACCUCUGCUCAUCGUAAACUUGAGGAAGAAAUGAGGGACAGCAACGAGAAGAAAGACGCUGUGGCUCAUUGGGAAGCUCAGAUAGCUGAGAUCAUUCAGUGGGUAAGUGACGAGAAGGAGGCGAGAGGUUAUCUUCAAGCCUUAGCUAGCAAAAUGACAGAAGAACUGGAUGGCCUGAAAUCUUCAGGGUAUGCUACAAUACCGAGGGGUGAAAAGAACCAGUGGCAAAUGAGAAGGUCGCAGAAAGUUGACAAACAAGAGAUAUUGACCCUGCAGUCGAACCUUCAAGCUGAGAUUCAGGCGAAGCAGCAAUUGAUGGAGGAACUGAACAAAAUGAAAGCUGCUAAUGUAGCAAAUGAGAGGAAAUUGGGUGAAUCUGAAGCACAGUGCAAUACUCUUCGUGAUGAGGUCAAGCAACUCAAAGCAGAAAUCGAACAACUGAAAGUUGGUGGCAAAUCUGGAAAUGGAUUCCCUUUCUUGUACAUGAGAGAAACUUCGCGAGACUCAAGACUGGAAGGAUUGUCAGAGGAGAUAGAUGGUCAACUAAGCGAGAAUCAGGGGUCUCGUUCGAGUAGCACUCCCUCAACUGCUCCUCCUGAUUCCAUUUCAAUAAGAUCAUCCAUAUCAUCUGUGUCAUCCAUCGCACCACCUCAGCCUCGAGUGCACAAGUUCUCUGUAAGAACCUUCACUACACCUACCAAGUGCAGCCAGUGUACAUCAUUAAUGAUCGGUUUGGUCAGGCAAGGUUCCAUAUGUGAAGUGUGUCAAUACGCUUGCCAUGUGUCCUGCACUGAUCAAGCUCCUCCUGUUUGUCCAAUUCCUCCGAGUCAAAUGAAUAGAAGGCCACUAGGAAUUGACCCUGAAAAAGGAAUUGGAACUGCUUAUGAAGGAAUUGUUAAGAUUCCUAAGCCAGGCGGAAUCAAAAAAGGUUGGCUUCGACAAUUUGCUGUCAUCUGUGACUUCAAAUUGUUCCUUUUCGAUGUAACUGGUGACAAACCCCCUCAGAUUUCUCAAUCAGCGACACAAGUUAUUGACAUGAGAGAUGAAGAGUUCUCAGUCAGUGGGGUGCUCGCUUCAGAUGUUAUUCACGCAAGUAAAAAAGACAUAAUGUGUAUUUUUAGGAUCACGGCUUCUCAGAUGAACCCUCCAGGAGAAUCUCUAACACAGCUGAUAUUAACAGAAAGUGAAAAUGACAGGGUCAAAUGGGUGAAUGCUCUGCAACAGUUACACAAAGCCCUCAAAGAAAAUAAGGAGACCUCCAAGACGCAAGUUUACCAGGCCAAAGAAGUCACCGAGUCUAAUCCACAGAUCAAACAAGCACUCUGUGCAACAAUAAUAGACACUGACCGAGUGUGUUUGGGUACAGAAGAUGGUCUCUUCUGCAUUGAAUUGAUGAAAGAAAGUUCGUCCCGCAUUGGUGACAAUAAGAAGGUGUCUCAGAUAGAGAUGUUACCAGAUGAGCAACUUCUCGUUUUAAUAUCAGGAAGGAAUCGUCAAAUACGACUCUAUCCACUGUCUGCAGUAGAUGGACAUGACACAGAACCAAUUAAAAUUCCAGAGGCGAAAAAUUGUCUAAUGUUUGCCACGGGAAGUAUUCAUGAUAACACAGCGACUUGCCUCUGCGCAGCAGUCAAGAGGCAUAUUUAUGUCUACGAACUGAAUCGGACAAAGUACAGACAUCUGAAGAUCAAGGAAACACCAGUGAACUUUAACAUCCAAUGGUUAGGAGUGUCAUUUGGAAAGUUACUUGUUGGAUACGUCUCCGGGUUUGCUGUAUAUAGUAUUACAGGAGAGGGAAGACCUCAGAAACUUGUUAACUCAGAUGACCCGACAUUAAAUUUCAUCACCAAUAAUCCACUGGACGCCUUGCUUGCUGUGGAGAUCGAAAAAAACAAAGAAUUUCUGUUGUGUUUUAAUUUACUAGGAAUCUUCGUUGAGGCCAGUGGUUAUAGAUCAAGACGUUAUGAGCUGAUGUGGCCAUCACCGCCCACAAAUGUCGCGUAUUCGUAUCCGUACGUGAUCUCCUUCAGUGAGAGAGCGAUAGAUAUCUUUGACUCAAGUAGUGCAGAAUGGCUUCAGACCAUCCCCCUCAAAAAGUGUCAUGCUUUGAUCAAUGAUGGCUCACUGGCUCUGUGCACCGCUUCAGAACAAUGCAAUUUAGUUUACCUCAAGAACACUCUGUUUGAAGAAGAGGAACUGAUCAUUCCAGACCCCAAUAAAGGAAAGAAAGCCCUUGCGGCUAUUUUAAGACUGAAAAGUAGCAAGAGAAGUAGUUCAUAUCGAUUUGGAUUUAAAGUCAAAGAGGGUGGCUUAGCAGAUAUGGAUGCAGAUAUCAAAUCAAAGCUCAUCUCAGGACCAACCAACUUCAACCAUAUCUCACACAUGGGUCCUGGAGAUGGAUUUCAAAUCAUUAAAGAGUUACCAAGGGGCCAACGCGGGACUGACGAGGAAGCUCCUCAAGUGGCUCCGCGUAACACUGCAAUAGGUCCCAGGUCCAAGCGCGCUGUCACUGCAAAUCCCAGUCUCAUGACGCGGCCCAACGUGGCAGCGAAGGGUCUGAAACCGGCUGGACCUGCGCAAGGAAUGGUAAACGGCAGAGCGGCAUCCAUGAAUGUUGUAAACAGUUCUGCGGAAGCCUCUCCGCCAGUCCCUAGACCGCGAUCAUCGUCCACUCGGUCAGCGGAAGAUGUUUCAAAUGAUGGCCGUGUAGCAAAUGGUUCAAACCGGCUCUCUGCCGAUCUCGACAAUUACGCACAGUACUUCAAUACCUUGAGACCAAAAAGUGUUGCAGAUGAGCAGAGGCAUCUGGCUUUAGCUUUGGAGUUGAGUAAAAGGCAUGCGGAACUGAGUCAUGACGGUGACAGCACAAAUUCACGGGAUUUAUUAAAUCUUCCCGAGGACGAAUCACCUAGACAUUCCACAGGGUCUGGUUCAAGUUCCGGUCUGAGUGUGUCGCCUUUAGGAAGUCAAGAGGAAGGUGUAACUUCCCCUGAUUGUGUUCAAUUGAAUUUUUCAGAUACUACAAGAUUCUGAUGGAAGUGAUAAACAAUUCAGUUUUUGAUCUUUUCAAGAUUGUCAAGUCAGUUGUUGAUCCUGUGCACGUUGGCUUGGAAAAUUUUAUAUCAUCAGAAAUAAGUUUAAUUGUUAUAUAACUUUGUGUCACACACGUGUGUUUAACUGCUUGGUCUGGAACCAAAGCAGCACAUGUUAUUAACGUGAUUAUCACAUUUAUUGAUCAACCGGCAGGGCUGGUUUAGAAAACUUGAUUGCAAGCUAAUCUUUAUAUGGAAACGUAGUCUCUUUUGCAACCGUCGUUUGUUCCCGUCGUGCAGCACGCUUUCUACCACGGCCUUGCUGCUCGUGACGCUUGUAAGGAGCUUUUCCAGUGUGUUGCGUGACAAGACUAAACGUUGGCUGUGAAGGUGAACAAUGUAGAUGCUAUCAAAUCUCUGAAAGUGCUGGCAAUUUAUUAGCUUACGAAUUUGAAAUGCUUUUUACAAGGCAGGAAGCAGAGGUGCUGAAUAUUGUCGACAGUUAUAUGUAAUGUGAUGUACAUCUUUUACGAUAUGUUUUUCCUUUUUUCGGUGAUCAAUCACUAAUUUUGAUGUUAUGUCAGUGAUAAAGAAAUUGAUUUUUUUGGGUAGGCAAAAGUCAAUUUGACUUGUAACAAUUUUGUAGGAAAGUCAAGUUAUCUUACAGAAAAUUAUUAUUGACCACAAAGAACAAUUUAGGAAACGAAACAUUGUAAGGCUGAGUUUUAGUAAUUUGGUAGUUUUUAGUUUCAUGUGGCUUGUCAGCCAACACUUGUAUAUGAUAAUUUGUGGAAGUGAACAUGGUUACAAUCUGAUAUAUUAUAUUAAGGGGGAGUGACAUGAAGACGAAGUUGCAUUUUAUUGAGAAUGAAACCAAUGUGGAAUUGCUUGAGAUGUUUUCACAAAGAAAUAGGAGCGUUUGUACGAUUGCUGUUAAACAACAGAGUUUAAAUUUCUGUAUUUUUUUUUGUACAUCCAAUCUCCUCGAGGCUGUUUUUUAAUUCUUGAACGGGGCUGCAAUAGGUGCGGCCUUAGUUUCGUUCAAAAUGACUUACAGUGUAACUACAGUUAACGGAAUCAUUUAAACAUAAAAUAAGCAGCGAGCUUCGCCUAAAUUCUUUGUUCUCUUUGCUUGCUUCAGUCGUUAGCACUGAUAGCCAAUGAUGAAUUUCCUUUAGUACACAAAUUUUCAAGUCAGUGUCGAUAGUAAACGAGAUUGCUUUGGUUUUGCCUUACUUCUAUCUGUGAUUGGUCCAGAAACCUCGCGCCACUCUAUCAACCAAUCAUUUGCAAAAUUGAAACCAAUCACUACUUGGUCGCCCGCGUUUUCCCGCACUUUAGGGAGAAUGGUUGUUUUCACUUUGAGUUCUCAUUGGCUCUUCAAGGUAUUCUCAUUUUUUCUGAUUAUUUUGGUUGUGGUUUUACGCCACACAAUCGAAAAACGCUCUUUACGAUUAUUCAAGUUUUUCUAAAUGAUCCCGGUGACAGUGGUGGCUCUGCAAGUUGGGUUUUUUUUUUACGUUUGUACCAAUUGUGAAUACGAACUGCUUUUUGUAAGUUUUCUAUCUAUUGUUAUUAUUCAAAUUUAAGAUUUUACCUGUUAUGUAUACAUAUUUUUAGAAUCGUAAGUUUUGGCAGCAUUUAAUAAAAGAUCUGGCUUUGCUAGGGUUGAAAAUGG